AUGGGAUCUUCAAACUCUCGAAGUACACCUCCUGUUCUGACAACAUGCAAAGCUCCAAUGUACUGUAUAAAGAAGCUUGGAGGUAGGCAUCUACUUCUGGGUGGCGGAGGUGGUGCCGCUAAAACUGGCGUCCCCAAUCAAAUGGAGUCACAUUUGAUUUCAUUCAAGAAAACAGUGAGUCAAUCAGCUACUGGAAUGUGUGCACAGCUUUCAAACACAAUAGGUACUGAGCAGUAUGCCACUAUGAACAUGGAUGUAGUAUGCGUCGGUAAUCCGGAAUCUGGACGUUACUUGAUAGCCGCAGGGCAUGACAGCUAUUGUGACAUUUACGAAACCGGUGGGUAUAACGUUUCUUCUGAACAUGGGGAUAAUGUGUUAGCGUAUAACUUCACCAAAAUUGCUAGGAUAAGCACAGAUGAAAAAGUUGAUGGAUACCAGAAAUGCGUUCGGUUUGACAAAGCUUCUCGAGGACAGAAGCUAGUGACUGGUGGUUCUGAUGGAUAUUUGCGAGUAUGGGAUGUCAAAGAUAUCGUGAAUAAUAGAAACCCUGAAAUUGUUCGAAAGCCUAUUACAGAAAUACGAGCACAUCAAGGAGAUAUUGAUGAUGUAGAUAUUUCUCCUGACGGCAGGAUUAUCAUGUCUAUUGGUACAGAUGGAGUUUUCUCUAUGUGGGAUAUGAUGUCCGGAAAAAAAAUACAAGACUUAGAAAUUCCUGCUGUAAUAGGAAAAGGCUAUAGAGUUCGAUCAGCAAGAUAUACAGCCUUAGGCGGUAACAACAUAAUUUUCGUUGUUGCUUACAACUGCAUUCAAAGAACCUCAAAGUCUAGUUGCUUUUUAGCUCUAUGGGCUUACAAUCGCGAAAGACAAGUUUGUAAACCUGUCAUAGUUAAAGAGGCGCGCAAAGGAGAGUCCAUCUCUGCUCUAUGUGUGAGUUCAUGUGGUAAUUUUACUGGAAUAGGAACUUUGGGCGGAAGUGUUGGAAUUUUCGAUACUCAUGAGAUGAAGCCUCUUCAAUUUUUCAAAGAAACACAUGGAAUAUUCGUUACCGGCGUCGAAUUUCUGAGUAGAGUUGCUGAAGACGUCGUUUUGCCUUCGAGUGAUGGCUCGAAAAGAUUAAUCCCCGGUGUUGCUGCUGGAAAUAAAGCUAGCUUAGUCUCCCUCAGUGCUGAUCAGACUGUACAGGUUCAUGCCCUUCCAUUUGACUCUGCUGGUUCUCCCUCAGCUUUCCUUUGCAAAAUUGCUAUACUUUCCCUUGUAUUAUACUUCUUACUUUGGACAUUUUCGGGUUUUUGA